GGAGAAGGAGAGGGUCAGUUUGGAUGAAGAAAAAGAUCAAAAACAAAAUGGCUGAAGUUGUGCAGGGGUGAUAUUUUGUGAUUUGUGAUCGCCGCACAUUUAUUCUCGAGUAUCAAAGACAUUAUAGUUGUAAAUUCAAAUAAUUUGUUGGAUAUCCAGCUGACUUCUAAAACCUGAGGAAGGAGCAGAUAGACCGUAAAAAGGCAUGGUGGUAUUACAAUGUCAGUACACUAUAAAUUCAAGUCGGCGCUUAAAUACGAUACAAUUACAUUCGAUGGACUCCACAUUUCUGUAAAGGACCUCAAGAGGGAUAUACUCCAACAAAAGCAGAUAGGAAAAACCGGAGACUUUGAGCUUCAGAUUACAAACGCUCAGACAAACGAAGUGUACCAGGAUGAAAACACACUAAUACCGAAGAAUUCUUCACUCAUCGUUGUUCGAGUUCCACUAACUGCACAGCAGAAGAGAGCUUGGGACAGACAAGAGGCUAAUCUUCAAUUAGCUGGGCUUAAACACGUAAAUACUAAUAUCCAACCAUUUAUCGAAGGGCAAGAUCCAAACGUACAAAAACUUGCUAAGGCUGUGGACUUGUCCAGCCUAGAGGCCAGCGAAGAUGACAAGAUUUUGGCGAUGAUGACCCAGUCCACACUUGACUAUGAUCCGAUUAAUUAUGCUCGUAUAAGAGGAACAACGCAAGUUGGAGAGGUACCACCUAACUACCGCUGUUACAAGUGCCAUCAAGCAGGCCAUUGGAUCAAAGAUUGCAGACUAGGAUCAAAUCAGGAAAACCAACCGGAGAUAAGGAAGAGUACUGGUAUCCCGCGUAGUUUUAUGGUCCCUGUCGAUGGACCCUCAGUACCUGGAGCUAUGAUGACCCCAUCGGGUCAAUUUGCUGUUCCCUCCAUAGAUCACCAAGCGUACCAGGAAGGUAAGAAACCGAGUAUACCCGCCGAGAUGCAGGAGAAACCAUCCAUACCAGAGGAGCUGGUGUGCUCCAUCUGUCAUGACCUACUCACAGAUACAGUGAUGAUACCAUGUUGUGGCAGUUCCUUUUGUGAUGAAUGUAUUCGUACUGUUCUGUUGGAAUCAGAGAACCACCAGUGUCCAGACUGCAAGGAGUUCGGGGUUUCUCCUGAUACUAUGAUUCCCAAUCGUUACCUCCGCAAGUCAGUGGACAGUUUCCGCAACUCAACUGGGUACACACGCGUACUGCCUUCACGCAGUCUCCCACCCACCCCUCUCCCAGGUAACUCCCUAGUCCAGAUACCCAUUGCCCAACCUAUCCUUGCCUUGGGCACUCGGCCCGCUCGGCCACCUGAGGUGAUAAAUCUCACUGAGACCAGGUCCGAUACUGACUCGCCCCUGCUGGCUGGUGAGCCAGUUAAGGCUCCACCACCACAGGUUGGGCGGCCCAUACCUGUACCCAAUACCAAUACUGUUAUUCCUUCCAAAGGUGCAGAGAUGCGGGGACCACCACCGUCACAAGACGUGAGGAUGCAGUAUUCGCAACCGGAUAGGUCGGCUACACCUACAGUGGACGAGCGAAGUAUCACAACAAGCUUGCCAGACACCUCGAUUCCGCCCCCAGUGGCCACCUAUCCUGUCACUGCCUUCAAUAGCAACCCUCCGCCAGCUUACGUGGGCCCACCUCCAGGAUAUGGGGCACCUCCCCCUUCUGCCUACACACGGACACCCCUGCCAUACCCUAACCUCGGGCCUGGUCCUGGACCAAACUAUCCGCCUGUUGAGAACAGAGGCAACAUGAGGCAAGGGUAUCGAGGCCCAUAUAUCCGAGGAGGUAGACACGGCGGUGGCGGUCGGAUGCAUGGAUAUCGUGAAAUCGAUAGGAACAGUGGUGGGCCACCAGGGGCGAUCGACGAUCCAUUAUCGGCGUUUGAAAAAAUAUUGCGGGAGAAGGAUAUGGCGCGUGAGCGACACCGGCGGCGCAAACGUUCAUUUUCCCGGUCACCAAGCCCAAGACCACGGUCCCGUUCAAGGUCCAGAUCUCCCCCCCUGCACAGGAAGAGGGGUAGUGUCACCCCAUCUCCACCAGCUCGGCAACGGUCCCCUACACCCCCGCUUCCCCGCAGGUCCCCAUCUCCUCCGCCGCGGUCUCGGUCUCCCCGCACCAAGCCGCGUACCAGCACGCGAUCGCGCAGCAAGACGCGCACCCCCAGAUCACGCACCAGGAGCAGAACAAGGAGCCCCCCACCUGCCAAGAGGCGCUCACCUUCGUUCACCAUUAGUAGAUCCAGAAGCCGUUCUUUCUCCAGAACACCCUCUCCACGUGACAGACAUUUCUCCCCGCGUCGACGGGAUGACAAUCGCUUCCGCAGCCCUCUUCAGGGCAGAAACUCCCCUCAAAGGUAUCAUGGACGCAACUUCAAAGACUACGAUAACCAGUAUUACGAGGGUCAAGGCAACCGCAAUAGAGGGAGGACAAGGGGAUACCCUCGUGGUCGUGGAGCCGACACAGCCUACUACAAUAACUCACCGGCCAGAUACGACAAUCGGUAUGAGGACAGACCUGGGCGCGGGUACCAGCAGCAGUCUGCACAGUCCAGAAUUGAGACUGGUCAGUCUCGGUACAGCAACCGGCGGUAUGACAACUACACUGACACAAUGCCACCUGGUACAGAACCAACUGGGUAUGACCAAUAUGGAGGGGACUACAGCAGAGAACACAGAGUGGUGGUCACCAUCCCAUCGGAGAGCAGAGAGUCUAAGAGAGAACGGGAGGUGAGGGAGGCGGCAGCCAGAGAUUGGGAGCGUACUAGGGACAGAGAGCUAGAACAACGAGAGAAGGAGAGGUUGAGAGAGUACGAGGAGUACCACCGUAGCAGCUACCGCAAGUCCUCUAGUCCUGACAAACACCGAAAGAGGUCCCAUGAGAGAACUCAUGAACGCGGUAAGGAAAACAAGCAACACACUGGAGAAGCCAUUGAGGCCAUCAGUAUUAGAGACCAGAAUGUAGAACCGGUUUACAAUCCUCGUCCUGUUGAGGUAAAUAGAGCCAGAAUCCCUGUAUUAGUUGAUUUAAAGAAGGAACCAUCUGUGGAGAAGGAUAGGAAGAAAGACAAAGAAGAAUCCACUACUCCAUUGAAAGACAAGGAAAAGAAAAAAGAUAAAGACAAGAAGAAGAAGAGGAAAGAAGAAGGUGAAAAGAAAGAGAAGAAGAAAAAGCGCAAAGAGAAGAAGGAAGGAUCUGUUAAAGGAAAAUCUGAGGAAAAGAUCGUGCCCUUAAAGACCACUGAAGGGAAACCUAUAGUGGUUGGAGUGAAAGGUGAAUCUGCUCCUAUAGACUCCUUAUAUGGAGACAUUGAGGGAGCUAAGGUUGAUGAACAAGUCGUUCAAAAUUAUGGAAAGGUGGAACAACAGAAACAAGUGGAAAGCGAAGCUAUUGAAAUUCUUGAUGACUCUGUUACAGAAACAAAAGAAAACGUCAUGUUGGCUCCAGUUCCUGAACUUUCAAAAUGGGAAUUAGAUGAGGAUCUUCCAAGUCAAGAGGAUAGAAUAAGUGGAGAUGAUGGAUCCAAUUCUACUGAUAAGAAAAUUGUCACCUCUGAAGUACUAAAAAGAGCUGAAAACGCGAUUUUCCAAAAAGCUAUAAAUGCAAUCAGGCCAUUAGAUGUCAAUAAGAAACCAACUGCUCCAGAAAAAACCAUUGAAAAAGUUAAAGAAAAGAAAGAAAAAGAAAUACCAUCAAAAGAGCAAUCUGCACAAGAACCCAUCAAAAUAAGUCCAGAAAGGACAAGUGAAUCUCGAGAAGCAAGAAAAGUUGCAAAUUCAAUACAGAUUACAAUUCCAAGUCAUCAAACUAAAGCUCCAGAAAGGUCAGUGGAAAUUGCAAGUGCUCAUGUAACAGUUGAUUCAUCAGAGGUAUCAAAGAGCCGCACUCGCUUGGAUAGGUCAAAAAUACAAGUUGCUUCUGUACCACUAGUGCCAGCAUCUCCAGUGAGAGUAUCGGCAAAAGAAAGGUUAGGAGCAAAAGUUGAAACAGAUAGAGAAGAAAUUAGGAGAGUCCGUAGCACAGUUGAAAGAAAGUCAAGAUCCAAAACACCUAAGAGAUAUUUUGAAAGGAAAUAUAGUGACAGAGAGAAACAAAGAGAGAUUAGCCCUGGAGGAAGAAGGGUUGUUGUCAGCACUAGUUGGUCAAGAGAAAGAGAACGAGAGGAUAGCAGGAAGAGAGUAAGUGAAAGUAAUAGAACUUUGGAGAGGAGAUCCGAAAAGAAUCAUGAUAAAGAAAAAGAUAGGAGACGAGAUAAAAGAUCUAGAAGUUCUAGUCGUGAAAGAAGAAACAAAAAGGAAAUAAAAGCAGAAAAGAUAGUUGUCAGAAAGAGAGAGGAGAAACCUGAAGAAAGGCAAGUAACAGUGAAAGUUGAACCAAAAAAAGAUGGAACAGAAAAAAAGUCAAGAAAGAAUCCAAGAUUGUCAAGUGACAGGAAGAAGUCUGCUCUAGAUGAGGCCAACUUUGAGCCAGAUUAUGAUGAAUCUGAACCGGAAUCAGAACCUGAAGUUCCUGGCGAGGAGAAAAACUUACUGGUAAAUGUUACAUUAAACCAACCCUCUCCAACUAAAAAACGGUCAAGAUCGCCUAGUGAGGGAAAAGACAAGAAGAAAAUCAAAUCAGAAGGUGAAAUGAGCAAAAGCCCAGAAAAAGCUAUGAAGGAUAAAGAAAGUGAGAAAUUGAAAAGGUCAGAAGCUGAUACAGAAGACAGUUCUGAGUCAGACUCUAGUUCAGACUCCAGUUCUGAUUCAUCCGUGGACCGAAAGAAACAUAGGAAAAAGAAGAAGAGUAAAAAGAGAAGGAAAAAGAAAUCUAAAAAAAGGAAAAAUUCAAGUAGUGAAUCUGAUUCAAGCGAGUCAAGCUCAAGUGACAGUGAUACUGGAAAGAAGAAGAAGAAACAUAAGCACAGGAAGAAGAGCAGCAAGUCUAAGAAAAGGAAGAAGUCAAAGCACAAGUGAAAAUCACUACUGGAUACUGAACCCUCUCUAUAAACUUAACAUCUUGCACAAUUAUAAAUUGUGAAGUGUUAUGUACACUUGCUUUUUUGUGUCUAGUACUCACUUGUACCAUAAGCAAGUUCUUUGGACCUUUUCUACAGAAGAGGAAUUGUCAUAGUUUUGUAAGACUAAGUGACUAGGCUGUAAUGUUUUUGUAGUUUAAGGUAUUUUAUGGGUUUUUAGUGUUCUACAUUUUCCAUUUGAUUUCGAUUCCAACUUAUAUAAUCAAUACAGUACAGUUAAUUUCAGUUUAAAUGUUUGAUUUUUAGAUUAUUUGUAAUAAAAUUAACUUUAAGAUGAAAUUAUUAAACAUAAUAAAAUUUUCUUUUGUGUACGUAUUCAGUGCUGUGUGUUGUACAGAAAAAUGAAAAAUGUAUUGUUGGCUAAUUAGUAAAUAUGCUUGCUUGAAUUUCAACAUGUAAAUUUGCAAAAUUGUAUUUAUUAAUUUUUUUCUCAUUAUGUGGGUUUGUUUUUAAAUUCUGAGUGUUUUUGGGCUAGUUUGCCAUGUUGUUUUUUGUAUUAGUUUUUUGAGUUAAUGUACAAGCCAAUUAAUUUUUAUUAACUGCUUUAAUUGUUUUGGGCAACUAUUUCUUUUGUAAAGUACAUGUACAAGAAUACUGUGUCCAGUAUUCAGCCCAAAGUUAUGUUGUAAUUUUAAUAUGAAUCUUUUAAUCAGAAAAUAUUUACACAUUCUGUAACUAAUGUAUGUGCAAUUUACUAUUUGAUCCUGUAACUGACAAGAAAUGGAGUUUAUUUUUAUUUGAAACAAAGUAUAUAUUUUUUGUAAAUAAUCUUAUGUAAAAUAAUCCAGAGUUAAUAUUAUUUUCAACAAAUCAAUGUUAAAUCCUUUAUUACUUGUCAGCAAAAUUAAACUGCUAAUAGAUGAGA